GUGACAUUUUGACGUCUGUGACGUGGUGCUUCGAAAAAAAUGCGAGUUUUUAGAAUUGAAAUCGAAAUAAUUUCACUUUUUCCCACUUUUUCUUUCUGUUCUAUUGUCUAUUUUAUGUAGAUUGUGAUUAUUCUGUGUGCCACAAUGUCCACCAAUGAGGCAGACAGCUCGUCAGAGCUCAGCAAUCUCCAGGAGAAUCUUUCGCAACAGAAGGCCAAAAUAGCUGCCCUGAAGGAGCUGGUGAGACAAUCGGAGGCAGCUCAGGGACGGAAAACGGCUCAUGCGAAAGAGAAAGUAAAAAAUAUUGCUCAACGUCUGUCCCACCUAAAAUCCAAAGCAACAAACUCGGGUCAAGUACUCGAAUCCCCGAUAAUCGAAGAGAGUCAAGAUGUUCCACCACCGAGACCCAUUUCACGCUCUGAAACACCCGGAAGUGAGAAGAUUCAGCUGCUACGGAGGCAGAUGGAGGAGAAUAGGCAACGAAUGGCCGAGAGGGAGAGCAGCAAGAGGGAUAUUGAGGAGAUGGUGACGCAGCUGAAGGCGAAAUUCGACACGACCCAGCUGUCGCUGGAAAAGUCCACGGAAUUGGGCAGAUCCAUGGGAGAUUUGUCCAUAUUGACGCAACCAAGUCGACCGGAAACUCCGGCGCAUUCGGCUGAAGCGGAAUUGCGUCGGAAGAUCCGGAAUCUCGAGAAUGAAGUUGAGAAGUAUCGCGAAAAUGCCACGCAAAUGCCCUGCAAUCACACGGCGGAGAUUCAGCAGCUGCAGCAUCGAAUCCUCGAUCUGGAGGAGAAUUUGCGUGAGAAGGAGAGUGUAAUUGACGCAAGGACACAGGCUGUGACACUCAUGUCGGAGAGCCUAUCGCAGAAAACCCAUUCAACGGUGAAUAUGCUGGAAGACACGAAAGUUGAGAUGUUCCGGAUGCAGGAAAACUUCGUGGAGAAAGAGAAACAACUCUGUGGGGAGAUUGAGGCACUCAAGGGGCAGCUUGAGGAGAAAUCCCUCGAGAUUGCCAAUUUGCAGGAAGUCAAUGACAUCCUCGAGACAACACGAUACGAUCUCACGGUGAAGAAUGCGGAAUUAUCUGCCCAGGGGGAGAAAGUCACGACGUAUGAGGCGAAAAUUGAGGAACUCCAAGAGGAAGUUGACCGGCUACAUACCCUCCUACCGAGUGAUGGAACUGGGCAGACGGCUGAGGAGUUUUUGAAGCAUUUCCGUGCAAAUGAAGAGAAAAUCCACCAACUGGAGGAAUCUCUUAUGCAGAAAACUGUCGAAUGUAGCGUUCUCACGGCGAAUUUCUCCGUGCUGCAGGAGAAGAUGAAAGCCACAGGGCCUAAGCCACUCUUCUCCAGUGAUCGCACCGAGGAGAAUGAUCAGGAAGCGGCGAAACUUCGUGCUCAGCUGGAUGAAGUCAACAAGGGGCAGAUAAAGAUGAAAUUGAAGAUGAAGCAGCUACAGAAGCAAGUUGAGAGUUUCCGGAAGAUGUCAGAUGUGCACCAGAGUGUGCUACAGUUGCAGGAAGAGAAUGCCCGUCUUCGUGAACAGAUCUCUCAUGCCAGUGAAGCAGGAGAACUUCCCAUCGAGGGCGAGGCGAGUCACGAACUGAAGACCCUUCAGACAACGUGUCAGAAUCAAGUGGCUGCCAUUCAGCUGCUUGAGGAGCAAAAGAUUGAUCUUGUGGAUCAAGUGGCCAAAGUAAGGGAGGAGCUGGAUGUGCUCCGGACAGCUCCUGUGCGAAGUGAACCAAUGGGCAUUAGUGUCAGCUCGCAGAUCAAUAGUAUCGAGCUAGAGGAGACAAUUGAGCAGUAUGCAGCUGAUAAGGAAUCCCUGGUGCGUGAAGUUGAGGAUUUGAUUGAGAAGAAUGAAGAAUUGAAGCAGAAGAUGAGCAAAUUCGACGAGGAGAAGCAGGAACUCCUCGGCAAGCUGGAGCAAAUGUCAGCUGAAAAACACGAAUUGCUGGAGAAGAUUGACAAGCUGAGCAUUAAGAAUGUCAGCUCUGUGGAAUCCCUGGAGAUUGUGGAGAAUCUCACGCAGCAGGAACAACUGGAGAUGGAACAGCAGGAAACUGGGCUAAUUGGGGAGGAGCUAAGUGAUAGCCUGAUGAAGCUGCGUGAGGAGAGUAGUGAGCUGAUGAAUAAGAUUGAGGUGUUCACGACGGAACGCAGGGAGAUUCAUCAGCAGUACGUGGAGAAGAUUGAGGAUCUCGAGAAGCAAGUUAAGGAGGCUGAAAGUGAGAGGGAUGAGCUACGCGGGAAGACGGCUGAGCUUGAAGAUCUCCUUCAGACUUCCAGGAGCAACAUUGAAAAUGUUGAGAAUCAACUGCAGCUGCUGAGAAAUGAAUUCAGUGAGAAAAUUGAUGAAAAUCACAAUUUAAGAGAUGAAAAUGAGACCCUGCGGGAGAAACUGGCCAACAUGGAGAAUCUCCUGACUACGCUGCAAGCCCAGGGAUCAGAUGUGCAGGAAAAUGUGGACAGGAUUGCCUUCUUGGAGCAGGAAAUUCUGCUGAAGAAUGAAACCAUUGAUACGGUUAAUCAGCAGAUUAUGGAUCUCUACACGUCGCUCGAGGAGAAGAACACGCAGCUCCUGGACAAGGAUGAUGAGAUUGCCUACCUGAGGGAUUUGCACCAAGCUGCCACGGAUCAGCUGCAUCAGAGCACAACCAGCGCUGAUGGGAUGAAGCGACUAAUUGAUCAGCUUCGACGACAAUUGGCGGAAGUUGAGCAGAAGAAUGCCCGCGUGGCUAAUGCAACGGAUGAUGUGAAGAUUGGGCUAGAGAAGAGAAUUCAGGAGCUCGAGGAUAAAGUCACGGAUUCCGAGGCAAAGAGGCGUGAACAGCUGGAGAAGCUGAAGAAGUUUGCGGCAAAUCUCAAGAAGAAAACUCAGCAGUGUACAGAUCUGGAGGCGGAGGUGAUCAAGCGGAGUGAGGAAACAGAUGCCGUUCGGAGGGAUUUGGAGAGAAUUCAGGAGACUUGUGAAGAGAUUUCCGGAGAAAUGACAAGGAUGAGGGAGAUUCACGAGACGGAGAAGCAGGAGCUUCUUCAGCAGCUCCAAUUGAUGCAGAAUGAAGUGGAUUCCCGCGGGAGGAUCAUUGAGGAGCUCCAAGCAUCCCUGGCACAGCCACAGGAAGUGGAAAAGUGGGCAAAUAUCGCCAAAGAGAAGGAAAUGUUGGUAAUCCAGCUUCAGGGAGAGAUUGCAAAUCUCCAUGAAAGAUUCCACGACGUUGAUGCACUCAAGGAGGAUGCCGAGAAGGUGCGAAAAGCCCUCGAAGAAGCCCACAGAAGUUACCAAGAAAACACCACAAGGGCUCAGGAGGAUUUCGCCGCAAAGGAGCAGAGGUACCAAGAGAUGAUUAGCUCGCUGGAGGCAAAGAUAACGGAGCAUCUAAUGUACAUUGAGGACAAGGAGAUUGAGAAUGCCAGCUUGAGUACGAGAAUAAUAAAGCUCGAGGAAGGAAUUAGCCACAUUGAGGCAAGAAGGAAUUCCCUUGAGAAGAAAAAUAACAUCCUUGGGGAUCAGUUGAGGCAGAGUCAAGAGGAAUUUACGGAGAAUGAAGAUAAACUCCUUCAGCGCUUAGCAACACUCUCGGCAAAUGAUGAAAUCAUCGCAGAAAAGCUCCAGAAUACCCAUGCAGAGAAGCUAGAGCUCACAGAAGCAAUUGCCGAGCUUACGGAGGAAAAGGCAGCUCUUGAGAGUCGCCUACAGGGGCUUGAGCAGGAGCAAGAGGACUUCCGGAAGCGAACGGAGAUGCACGAGAGUGAAUAUAACUUCCUCAGCCAACAGAUUGAGAGUCAGAAGGCCGAAAUGCGGAAGCUUCAGGAAGACUUUGAGAGGAAACUCCGUGAAAAGGGUCAGGAGCUUGAUGACCUCGAGGUGGAGUCGAGCAAUCAGCUACAGAAGAUUGAAGGAGAAAAGAAAUCCCUCAAUGAAGCCCUUGAGCGUGUGAAGGAUGAAAAUUCCGAGCUUCAGGAUGAAAUUAUGAAUCUGCGGGAAAAUGUGAAUUCCCUGGAGCAAAUCCGGAAUGAUCUAGAGCGUGACUAUUCCUGGGCAAAGAUGCAAAAUGAAACACUAACGCAUGAUCAGCUCGAGACGCAGGAACUCCGUAUGCAGGUUGUGCAGGAUCAAACGGAAAUUGAGAACCUCAAGCAGGAGAAUAAGGCAAUGCGACUAACGCAUGAGUGUGAAGUGAAUUCCCUGAGGAGUAUCCUGGACAAUCUGAAGAUUGAGAAAGGAAAACUAGAGGCAGAGAUUGAAGUUCUUCGAAAACAAGCUGAGACACGCACCGAAAUUCAAGCAGCAGCAUUCGAAAAUCCACCUCAGACACAUCUCGCAACGGAAAAUUUAUUCGGAAACGCACCAGAAGUGCAGAAAACAACGGAUGGUCUCUUUGGGAAGUCCGAUGCAGCUAUUGCAAGGCAAUUUUCAUUUGAGAACCCCGAUACACCCACACGGAGCGCUCUGUUCGAAAGAUCAGCCGAGACACAAAUGGGAACAGUGGAAAAUUUGUUUGGGAACCCACCAGUGGAGACAAAUGCUCAAAUCUUCGGGGAGGAAAAGCAGGAAGUUGAUGGUGCUGCUGGACAAAACAUUCCCUCCUUUAUGGGAGCUAAAUUCUUCGCAGCAGACGCAACGGCGAUUGAUUUCUUCGAUCAGCCCGCUGAUGGGGUAGCAGAGGAUGAUUAUGAGAAUCGCACACCUGUAGUUGAGGAGCUGAUUAUCCCGAAAACAGCCUACAUUUGCCAUCCAAAGGGAGAAGUUGAGGCAACACGGCAUGUGGAUCUUCUUGGGCAGGAAGACGAUGGAUGGGGAUGGAGUGCAGAGGAAGCAGUUCUCGAGCAGGAACAUCAGAAUCAAACAGCAGCUCCACCAUCGCUCCUAUCGCAAACUUCGCAGGUUGAGGUGAAGCUGCAAAUGUAUGAAGAUCGUAUUCAUGAUUUGGAAGUGGAGAGAGAAUCCUUGAGGGAGGAAAUCGCACAAUCACGUCAAAAGUCGGAGAAGAUGCUGCGGAAGCUGAAGGAGUACCGGAAUAAAUGUGAAAGCUUCGAGAGAUCUAGUCAGUCGAGUUUGGAUUUGGAUUUGGCCAUUCAGGAGGAGCUCAAAGAGCAAGUAAGGAUGCUUGAAGGGCAAUUAGCGGCUGAGAGGAAGCAAUUGUCAGCUGAAAUGGAGUCAUUGAAGAAGAAAGUUGAGGUACUCUGUGCCAGCAAUGACAGAAUGGUGGAUAUGAAGGAGCAACAGGAUGCACAGGUUGAGAUGUACAGGAAUCACAUAAAAGCCCUCAAUAUGCAGCUGCAGGAGAUGGAGAAGCAGCAAAAUGAUGCGUGGAAUCGUGUGGAUGAGGAGGAGCACGAGGGAGAUCAAGAGAAGGUCGCUGAUGAGGUUAAACAUCUCCAGGAGGAAAUUUCCCAGAGAGAUGCCCGAAUUUCCGAGCUGAGCGACAAGAUUUCCCAAAUGGAAGAUGAAGCUGAGCAAUUUAUUGGGCAGAUUGAUCAAUUCCGCAUGGAAUCGGGACAGAUACGUGAUCAUCUGGCCAAGCUGACGCAGGAACAUGAGCGUUUGCAAGUGCAGGAUGUUGAACGAACGUCAGACACUGCCAAAAUGGAGGAGAUGCAGAAGAUGAUUCAUGAGCUGCAGGAAGAGAGAAGUCUCCUCAUUACUGAACUCAGGGGUAUCCGGGAGCAAGCAAAUGCAGCAGAGAAGUCAGCAGAUUCCUUGGAGAUGCUGAAGAAGGAGUUGGAAACUCUCCGGAAGGACAAGGAAGCCCUGGAGGUAGCUGCAGAGGAAGCAAAUAGGCAGUGGCAGGUGGCACUGGAGGAGCGUGGGAACGCCAUUGCGGAAAGUUGGAAGGCUCACUUGGCCACAGUGGAGGCGGAAUAUGCAGCCAGAGAGGAGGCACUAAGAGAAGAAUUUGCACAACAAACUUCCCCAGAAAACCUCCCGGAGAAACUUCCAGAAGAUUCCUCGAAAGAUCUCGCUCCGGAGCACGUUCCAGCGGGGAUAGCGGAGAUGGUGGCCAAUAUGCAGAACGCCCUGGAGAGUCAGGAGCUCGAAUUGGUCACGCUGAAGGAGCAACUGGCUAUCCGGAGUGCAGAAUAUGCCGCCCUGUCAGCCCAACUUGAUCCAUUCGGGCAUUCAGCAAUGAGCAACAUGGCCCUGGUGCAGCCAAAGCUGAUUAAGACACCUCCUGCCCCAACGGGGGAUCCACCACGUACAGACCUGGACAUGGCACUCUACACACUCCAUCAGCGGGAUAUGCGAUGCGAAGAAUUGACACUGGAGCUGACGCGGUUGCUCGAGGAACGCGAUACGCUCCAGCUGAAGUUAUCCAGUGCAAUCCGCCAAAUUGAGAGUAUGAAGAGUUCCCCGGAUGGGAGUCCAGUAGCCACGAUAAAUACCUCAGAUGCCGGGAGUCAUCUUUCUGAAAAAAUUUCCGAGUUGCAAUCCGUAAGUCAUGCCAGAGAUAAGAAUUUCCACGAAGAGCGACAACAGCGGCAUAAGCAAAUGUCAUGGUUCUGGAGCAACACGUAAUUCCACAGAGAGAGUGAGAGGAGAGAGAGAGUGGCUGCGUUGGGCUUCAUGGGAAAAUGCAUUUGUAGCAACACACGGGGGGCUCUCUGCCGGGCACAGCAGCCACCAAGCCAAUGAGGAUGUGGGUGAGAGGCAACAAUAAAUUGUGGUAAUAUAAAUAUAAAAAAAAAUCAUUAAAAAGAAAAUAUGUAAUAUGAAUGAGAAAAUAAUGCAAUUUCUAUAUUAGAGAAUUUAAAAGAUAAAAAAAAGAAGGUAUUUAGCAUCGAGACGAAUUUUUUUCCAUGUGAGCAGAUUUUUUUUCACUACUUGAGGGAUUUUUUUUUGCAAAUAAAUGUAUAGACGUUAA